AUGCUUGUGUGCGUGAAAAGUAAUCCUGAUGGAAAAGAGGACUGGGUUUUAAUCGAAUUGAAGGGCGAUGGAGGGUACCAUAUUUUGUACGGGAAAGAUACUCGAAUCAGUAAACCCAUAGCAGUCUUAAAAAAGAAAUCUAAUAGUGAAGGAUGUCUAAAUGGAGAACACGCUGCAGAAUAUACAGUGAGAGCAAUUGCUACGAGGAAGAUAGUAUUCAAGACUCGACCAAAACGUAUUGUUAAUCACUUCAUAACACAGUAA